CUUUUCUAUUUUUCCUUAUGACCUCCUUCGUUCAGCUAUUAAUGUUCACCUACAGCUGCGACGGUUUAAUUCAGCAAAGUCUGAACGUGGCAACGGCGGUUUAUAGUGCCCCGUGGACUUACUUGCCCAUGAAUAAAUACGGAAAAAUGUUGCGGAAGGACGUUGUGCUUGUAAUCCAAAGGUCCAGAGUACCUUGUUGCUUGACAGCAAAAGGAUUCUUCCCUGUGUCCCUAGAAACAUACACGAAGGUAUGGAGUACAGCUGCAUCAUACUUCACACUGUUGACACAGACGAUGGAUAAUUUAGAAAAUACCUAAUGUUGCUAUGUCGACGGAAGAUCCCUAGUUUUUCUAUAUUAAAAAGAUUGUUAUCAUUUUGCUGUACAUGUUGAAAGGAACAUGUUCACUGUGCGCAUGUUACAUUGUUUUACGAAAACUGUAUAUAAAAAUCUUUCACAAUACCGUCUCA